UUACGCAAACAUAGCUUCAAAACAACCGUAGCACCAGUAACGGUCGUGCGUGGCCCUUCUACCACGGGAAGCAACCUUCAGAUUUUCAACGGAUCCGUGUAGACUGGUUCAUCGCCAGGAUGUCUUCCCUCCUUCUAAUCGCGGCACUUUUGGGACUGUUUGGAUAUUCCAGUGGCUCGUUGCCUGGCGACCCUCGUAUGAUCGAACUGACUUGGCGGUUAGAGAAUGGCAUGGCCCAUUGGCCCGGCAUGGUCCCGUACAACUUCACUAUAGUGGACAGGGGCAUGAUUCCUGACGGUUUCUACCUGGAGCUCAACAACAUCUACCUCGCAGAGCACACUGGGACACAUCUGGACGCACCCGCACAUUUCAUCCAGGGAGAAUGGCGUUUGGACCAGGUCCCCCUGAAGAAUUUGGUAGGACCGGGCGUGGUGGUUGACGUCAGGGACAAGACAAGAGACAACCCUGAUUACGAGAUUGGUCCAGAAGACUUCCAGGACUGGGAACGAGAACACGGGCGCAUCCCUGACGGCAGUGUGCUCAUGCUCCGUACGGGAUGGGGAGAGUGGUACUGGGACCAGGGCGAGACCGCCUAUCUCGGUACAGACACUGGGGUCACCUCCCUGCUGCACUUCCCCGGGCUCAAACCAGAGGGCGCUCAGUGGCUGGCAGACAACCGCAAAAUGCACGUCAUCGGAAUCGACACAGGGUCCAUGGAUAACGGACAAUCUGUGCAAAAAAUGAGCCAUCGCAUACUUCUGCCGAAGAGAGUGGUGUUCAUAGAGAACGUGGGUCACCUGGACCAGCUGCCCGUGACCGGCUCCACCGUGUACGCCAUGCCCAUCAUGAUCGGGCAGGGAAGCGGAGGGCCCGCCCGGGUCUUCGCCAUCGUAGACGACCGAACCAGUGCCUGUAGCGUGACGACGUCGACCAUCGUUACUGUAUUUCUGGCAUUCUUUUCUGUCAUACUCAACAUGAUGUAGACAUAUAUAACUGCCUAUUGACGAGAGAACGUGUAAACACUGUUAAGGGAGAGCAGUGGAAGAAGAACUACAUUUUAUAUGUCAAUGUUGACAUUACAAUUUCGAAAGUAUGCGAAUAUGUCUACCACUGCUUUACUUUGUUUGCAAUUAGUCCACGGGCAUGAACUUGCACUAAUGUUUAUUAGUUAUAAAACGUGUCCGAACAAUAACCUAUGUACCGUUUGUCUGUGUGGUAGCUAUGAUUAAUGUAUAUCUGUAGUGAGAAAGAGAAACUCCGAUCAUAGACGGCUGAUUUUAUGCCUUUAUUUUAUGCGUCCACCAUCGCCACUGUACUUCAGGUGCUCUUCUCUGCAAUACUCAACAUAUAAACAUGCAUAGACAUUGUAAACUUAGACAUUCAAAUCCUUUUGUACUUGCUCACUUUUGCGUUUGAAUCCCAGAUGAGCAAGUUAUUGGAAAUCGCAGUGUUGCUAUUGAAUUAAAAAUAAUAAUGUAACAAUGAUUAAAAAUGCAUCAAAGAGAGAUUUGCAGUGAUAAAAGAAUGUUUGAUACUUGGCGCAUUAUGGAUAAUGUUUGUCUGAUACAACUGUUAUGAAGAUUGGUAUAUAACUAACAUAAGCACCAAUUAGGUAUGUCUGUAUCCUACACUAUCCUUCAUUCGUAAAAAAAAAACAUGCAAGUUGAACUGUUUUUUAUGUCACGGACCCGAAAUAUUUCAGCGGGGACGUUUACAUGUACAUCAUUUGAUUCCAAUCUUCUGAUAUCU